UUGAACGUUGAGUGGAAAUGUUGUAUAAAACGGUUUAGCGGACAUAUUUAAAAGUUUUACAUACGUUUUUUUAUUGUUGUUGUUUUCCUUGUAUAUUAAAAAUAUAUAUGUAUAUCUCUUGUAUAUACACAACAGAAUCCAUGGAAAAUUGUAAAGGAAAAUUAUUAUUGACAAAGUUAAAUAUACAAAACAAGGAAAACAAAGUGUAUCAAUUUUGAAACAAAAAUAAAAACACUAAAAAGUGUUGUUUAAUAACAAAAAUUAAUUAAUUUUAAAAAAUCCUAAGGAAUAAAGAAAUUUCAUUAAUAAGAGAUGUGUGUGACUAAUCAAGUGCAAAAAUGUUACAGAAAUUAAACAAACCAAAAAUUAAUCGGCAUCUUUUGUAAAAAGACCAAAAGGCAAAAACCGACAAAUAAAUAACAAACAAAAUAUAUGACAAAAAAAUAAAAACAACCCUCUUUUCAAUAUAAAACAAACAACAACAACAAUAAUAACUUAAAAGAAAUAACGCUGGCAAAGUAACUGGAUUUUUCUAAUGUUUUCAACUGGAAUAAUUUCAAGCAAAAACAACAAAAUAAAAUUUUUUAACAAUUUUGUUAGACAAAAUUAUAACCAAUAUUUUUGUAUAAUUAGUUAAAAUUUAUGUUAAUUUUACAACAUUAAAACAACAACCAACCUUCAGCUAAAGUUCUCUGUGUAUUUAUUUUCUUAAACUCAACUCACUUCACUAUAUGUCUGUCUGUCUAUCUUUCAAAAAAAAGAAAAAAAGAAGAAGCAGUAAACAAUAACAAAAACGAGUAUUAAGAAAAACAAAAAAAAGUUGUAAAAAAAGUUUUUGUUAUUCUUCUUCUGUCUUUUAACUGUGAGUGAUGUUUGUUGUUGUUUUUGACCUAAAAAAGUAAUAACAACAAAACGACGUAAAAGAACAAGCAGCACAAGAAAAAAAAAACAACAACAAAAUAAAAACAAGUAAAAAGUAGGAAAAAACAAAUUUUGUUUUUGUUUGUGUUAAAAAAUGAGUGAGUGAGUACAAAAAAAAAAAAAUAACAAAGUUAAAAAAGGCAAAAAAUAGUAAAUAUACAACACAAGUAUGGUAAACAAAAAUACUGAAUUUCCUUUGCUGUUGUUGUUAUUGUCUUCAAAAACAACUUUGCUUUAAAAAAAAUAUAAAAUUUUUAGAAGAAAAAAUACAACAACAAAAUCUUAGAAUCACCUUAGCAUUAGCUUUUUUUUGGCGGCUAUGGCAGGAAAUCUAGUAAAAUGGUGGAAACAUAAAAUACUCGGUGGUUAUAAACAAUUCUCGGUUCAAGAAUGUACAACCGAUUCCGAGGAAUUAAUGUAUCAUCAGGUGCGUGCCUCAUCCUCGUGCAGUGCACCACCCGAUCUUUUGCUAGUAAGUGAUCGUGAAAAUAAUAUACCAUUACGUUCUCCCGUUGUCAAUAUAAUAGCAGCAACAACAGCAGCUACAGCACCAGCCACCACAACAACAUCACCUUCCUCUGGGAUAAAUGCGUGUCACCUAACAUCUGUCAGUAAUAACAAUCAAAGACAUCACCAACAAAAGUUGCAACAGCAACAUCAGCUGCAACAACAACAACAACAGCAUCAUCAUCAUGUUACAACACAACAGCUGUCAUUGGCAUAUAACGGUACAAAGGAUAUGGUUGUUGGUAAUAAUAGUAGUAGUAAUGGUAAACAUCAAAAACAAACUAACAAACAUGGUCAACAACAACAACAGUUAUCACAAACAGAUUGCCAACAGCCACAACAACAGACGCUUCAACAUGAAAUAGAGGGACAACAGCUGGAAUCUCAAACCAAUAACCACUCCUCAACACGUCACGCACAUCAUACGCAGCAACAGCAGUCGCAUCAUCAACAGUCAUCACAGCAGCAGCGUUCAGACGAUCAUAUACGUUUAGAGGAAUUUACUUGCGAUGUUUCGGUGGAGGGUGGCAAAUCAUCACAACCCCUGCAGUUUUCUUUUACCUUUUAUGAUUUGGAUGGUCAUCAUGGUAAAAUAACCAAAGAUGAUAUUGUGGGCAUUGUUUAUACGAUUUAUGAGUCCAUUGGCAAAUCAGUGGUGGUGCCUCAUAGUGGGAGUAAAACCAUAAAUGUACGUCUUACUGUUUCGCCCGAGGGCAAAUCGAAAGCUAGCAAAAAUAAGAAAACUUCCUCUGCUGCAGUGGUAUUAGAUUCAAAUCAAAAGUCCGCUUCUCAAGCGGCUCGUAGACUGCAUCGUUAUAGGCCACGCAAGCUUAUCAAAUCAGAUGAGGAGGAUGAUGACAGUAACAGUGAGAAAGAGCGUGACACAACUGUCAUUAACUCCUCAAAUCUAUCACAUGUUUUGUCUGCUAAAACCAGCUCCAAAGCACACAAAAUACAUAAACCUAAAGCAAAUGAACAUCAUUGUUGCGCCACACCAAACAAUCCGGAUUUAACUACUUCACCGCUCGAAACUAUUUAUGAUAAUCUUAAAGCGACGACCGCUGUCACCACACCCGAGGCCUGUAGAGAAUGUCUAGCGGCAGUGGAUGAAAGUCGCAGUGCUGCCAUUUCACCUAUCGCACAAUAUCAUCCCGCUCAUGCCAAGAUCAACUCGUCGGCCACAAAUGAGGCUUAUAUGAAACAUGUGGCUUCGACAAGGAUAAAAAUGUUAAGGAAAUCUCGAAAACAAAAGCAUCAAGACUGCAUGGAAACUAGACAACGCAGUUUAUCGGUGGGUAAUGAAACCUGCUGGAAAAAUCGUCAUUUACAAAAACCGCCAGCCAACAGUACACAACAACAAUUGCUUUGGCAUGCUGAACAGCAAUUGAAUAAUAGUGCUGGUGGUGUUGUUGCUGGCGCUACGGAUAUGGUAGAUGGUGUACAAUUGCGUAAUCCUUUGAAGUCAACAGCAGGUGGAGGAGGUAAAGUGUCAUCAACGAGUGCUCAAAAACGUAAUUCCGCCGAAUGCUGGAAGACGGCUUUAAAUCGUAAUGAUCUUAUAAGUAUUAUAAGGGAGAGUAUGGAAAAGAAUCGUUUGUGUUUUCAGCUGAAUGGAAAACCCCAAGCAAAUGUGAGUCCCAUCCGACAUUCACAGCCAACGCAACAAACAACACAAACACAACAACAACAUCAUCAACAGCAUCUACACCACAACCAGCACAACAGCAGCAACAAACACUCACAAGCAACAACACCCACAAAUUCCCAGCGUCAACGCUCAAAUACAGUAUCGAAAAUUCCUACAUUAAUUGCCAAUCACAACAGUGCUCAUACAACACACUCACCGCAACACAAUCACUAUCCCAGCAACAACGGCCAACAACGCUCCAGCAGUUGUGUCAAUACCAUCAGCAACAACAAUCAGCAUCAGCUACACGAUACAAGUCUACCUACAGAAACACUCAACAUAAGUAGCAGCAACUCUAGCUAUCAUCAACAUCUUCAGCCACACAUUCCCAUCUAUCAUCAACAAAUGGCCAUUAAUCCAGCUGUUAUAGCGGCCCACAAUGCUCUACUGGGGGGUAAUGGUAGUGGUAGUGGUUCGGCGGCCGGACAUCAUGGUAAAAUGAAUCUCUGUGGUUAUGAUUCUUUUCUACAUGCCACCAUUUGUGGUGGUGGCUUAAGUCAUUCACCACCAGCUCAUACCUCUCUGGCAGCUCAAAUUACCAGCCCUUUAGCUUCUGCCCUUAAUAGUGGCCAGCAAAUUGCCACUGUUCAACCUAUAAUGUCUACUAAUUCUCCCAAUGCUUCGAAACACUUAAGUUUGGCUGUUACCGCAAAUCAAAUUAAAACUAGUAAAAUUUUACGCAGCGGUUCGUAUGCCCAAAAUCAACAUCAUCAUCACCAACAGCAACAGCAGCAUCUUUUGCAAACCCACUCACAAACCACCCAAAAUUCUCCUCAAUAUCAUGGUUAUCAACGUUUGCCCUCAUCCUCUAAACACAAUUUAUCAGCCUUGCAUUUAGUUAGUCCCACUAUGGAGAAACCAGCUUUGGAACAAUUGGACAAAUGGCGCCGCGAUCAAGUUAAAAACUAUGAUCAAUUAUUAUAUGCCAAAUUAAGUGAAAAAUUGCAACAAACGAAUUUAGUUUCCACUAAUGGCAUUAAUAGCCGUGAAAGUAAUCCACGCCGUAAACACAGAGUAUUAAGACAAAGACGUCCUAAUCAAUUAAUAGCAGAAGCUAAUAAUGUCUCCUUAAGUUCCAAAUUGAAAGCCAAUAAACUAUGUUUAAGAGAGGAAAAUGAUUACACAACUAUACUGCCUUUGGAAGAAGUUGAUGCUGUGGAAUGUGAAAAUCUUUUAGGUCAUAGCAGUGAGGAAGAUACACAUUCUCAUAAUGAAUCUCCUGUACAUAAUGGAGAAAAGUUAUUAGAAGAUAAUAAUCAUAAAAGACAUGUAGCUGAGGGAACUUUAGUGGAUUUAGAUGAUGUGGAUGAUGAUGAUGAUGAGGAAGAGGUGCAGCAGGUAUUAACACAACCUUCUAGCCUGGGAAAUCAUGCCAUAAAUGCUGAUACUUUACUUAGAGUAGAGAAUGAUGAAGUGCAUCAUUUACAUUUGGAAGAUAAUUUAGAAAUAGAAGAAGAUCUAGAGGAGGAUUUAGACGAUGAUCUAGAAGAAGAUGUUGAUGAGGUAGUGGCAAAUGGUGCAGUUAACGAAAGUGGUCGUAAUAGUGCGGCCAGCAAUGACAGCAAUCCAACUGGCGCCACUUUGGCCAAUACAAAUGGUGCCGCUAAUACUAGCACCACUUCCUCUUCUUUAAUACAUCGUUAUGUUCAUGAGCAUAUACAUCAUCAUUAUCAUCACUUCGAAGAGAAAGAAGAAUGAAAGAGAAGAGGAGAGGAAGAGAAGUAAAAAGAUAUAUGAAUAAUGUACUCGAAAACUAAACUCAAUUUUUUUAAUGUUUUUUUUUAUUUCUUAAUUUUUGUAAGUGAAUAAUUUUUAAAUGUACAUUAAUUAUAUUUUUGAGUGUGUGUGUAUGCGUGUGUGUGGGGAGGCUGUAAAAAAUGUCUUAAAUGUAAGGUUAUGUAGUAGAGGGGAAACAAUUGAGGUUAGUUUGUAACAUGGACAGUCGUUAUACAUAAAUUGUUUGGUUCGUUUUUAAGAGAUUUUUCCUAUUGAAAUUUUAUGAUUUAUAGCUAAACAAAAUUUGUUGCUAACAAAUAAUUUUUUAAUAUUGAAAUGUUAUCGGAAAAAUUGCCUUCAAAAUGAUGGAUAAACUUGCUGUUAAAGAAAAUUGAAAUAAAUAAUUUAUUUCAAAAUUAAAUGUUUAUUUAGACAUCAUAAUAAAUUAGUAAAAUGCGUGAAGAUUUUGAGUUUAUAAACGUUUAAAUAUUAACUUUCAAUAUUGAAACUUUAACUUUUUUGAAAAUUGCAGAGUUUUUUUUUUAACAAAAACACUUUGGGAUUUCAGCUUUCUUUAAUAUUUACAGCGGGGUUUUCAGAUAAAGAUAAUCUUCUUCUUUGUUUAAACCGGUUUCACUCUGUUAACCUUAGAUUUAUCUUCUGUUUAAGAUUAUUUCUUUACAAAUUGAAAACUUAUUUCAAAUUUUUUUUCUAUUAAGAACACAUUUUAUACAAAAUUUUAUUUGAAUUCAUUUAAAAUCAAUUAUAGUCAUUAAAUAUUUGAAAAUUUAAAAAAAAUUAUUCAAUAUUUCAACUUUCACAAAAAAUUUCCCAAAAAACUUUCGAUUUAAGAAAUAACUUUCGAAAAAUUUCAAAACUUUUUGAAAAUUUGUUCAAUUUAUUCAAAAUUUUCUUCAUUUCUUUUACUUUAAAACUUUUCUAAUAGCAAAUGUUUUUCAAGAGCUCCUGAUUGCUUUUUACAUAAAAUACUUUUGCUUUUUUUAUUAAAACUUUCAAAACUUUACAAAAUUUUCAAGUUUUUAAUAAAUUAUUAUCAAAUCUCAAGUAUUUUCAAAGUAAGAAGAUUUUCAUAAUUGAAAAACACUUGAGUAAGUUUAUUAAAAUAUCAAAAACAUAAUAAGUUUUCAAGUGCUUUUUUCACUUAUAAUACUUUUUUAAGGUUAUGUUGAAAAAUUCAAAUUAU